AUGCUGAGAAUAAAAGCUUCUCCACAUCUCAUUUCCCGCUAUCUCAAUUUGGAGAAAACGAACCCAAAUCCCAAUCGCCGAGCUCUCUCCGAAAAGCUUCUAGCUUUCUUGCUACAACAAUGUCUAAGCCUCAGACAGCUGAAGCAAAUCCACACCCAGAUGAUCACCAACUCAAUUCACAAACCCAAUUCGUUUCUCUUCAAGAUCGCCGACCUCAAGGACUUCGCCUACGCGUCGGAUUUCUUCUCCAGGAUUCUCGAGCCCACCGAGUACGCUUUCAAUGUCAUGAUUCGCGGCCUCUCCACGACUUGGAAUAAGUCUUCUCUCGCUCUUGAACUCUAUUUUCGGAUGAAAUUUCAUGACUUUAGUGAGUGUCUUGGGGGCGUGUGGCGAGCUGGGGGAUUUGAAACUUGGCACUUGGGUGGAGGAGUUUGUGGUGGAGAAUAAGAUGGUUUUGAAUUCUUUUAUGGGUUCUGCGUUGAUCCAUAUGUAUGGGAAGUGUGGUGAUUUAGUGUCAGCGAGAAGGAUUUUUGAGUCUAUGAAGAAGAAAGAUAAAGUUACCUGGAAUGCUAUGAUUACAGGAUAUGCGCAGAAUGGGCUGUCAGAAGAAGCCAUUAAAUUAUUCCAAGACAUGAGAAUGAGCAGCACAACUCCGGAUCAAAUCACAUUGAUAGGAAUGCUUUCUGCCUGUGCUUCCAUUGGAGCCCUUGACUUGGGGAAGCAAGCAGAGAUUUAUGCCUCGGAAAGAGGCUUGCGAGACGAUAUUUAUGUUGCGACUGCAUUGGUUGACAUGUAUGCAAAAUGUGGAAGCUUGGACAAUGCAUUUCGAGUUUUCAAUGGCAUGCCUCGGAAAAACGAAGUCUCCUGGAAUGCUAUGAUAUCUGCUCUUGCUUUCCAUGGACAAGCUCAAGAAGCCUUAGCUCUAUUCAAAUCCAUGAUCAAGGAGGGUGGAUCUGCUUCCCCCAAUGACAUCACAUUUGUAGGAGUACUUUCUGCUUGCGUGCACGCCGGAUUAGUAGACGAAGGACGUCGGUUGUUUCACAUGAUGUGCUCAUCAUUCAGAUUGGUGCCAAAAAUUGAGCACUACUCUUGUAUGGUCGACCUUUUGUCACGGGCAGGACAUCUCGAAGAAGCUUGGGACUUCAUCGAGAAGAUGCCUGAAAAACCCGAUGAAGUCAUCCUCGGAGCAUUGCUAGGUGCCUGUCAGAAGCGCAAGAACAUCGACAUCAGCGAGCGUGUAAUGAAACUACUCCUAGAGUUGGAACCUUCAAAUUCUGGAAAUUAUGUAAUCUCGUCGAGAUUAUAUGCAAAUUUGAGAAGAUGGGACGACUCAGCUAGGAUGAGAAUGUUGAUGAAGCAAAAGGGUGUUUCCAAGACUCCUGGCUGCAGCUGGAUUGAUAUCGAUUCACAGCUUCACGAGUUUCAUGCUGGUGGUGAUGUUUUACAUCAUGAGUGGAUUGAAAUCCAUCAAAUCCUAAACUUGUUGAUUGAUGAUCUGAGAAGGGAAGGUUAUAUUCCUAAUACCAGUCUUCUUUAGCUAGACUAAUUUUCAUCCAAACACUAACUUUAUGGCCAGGCAAUGGAGGUUUGGGAUCAAAGAAGCUGCUCGGGAAUUACAUCGUUCCUAUCAAAGCCGAGCAAAAAAUCGGUAACACGACUCUGCCAAUCUUCAUUCCUUUGUAGGAUGCUUGAGAUCGAUAUGUCCCCAUAUAUAGUUGUAGUCACUGGGGAAUUUUGACUAGCAUGAAUGCAUUAUGAGUAGUUUCUUAUAAGUUAUACUAAGAACGAAGGUGAGCGAAGGGUAUGCAAUAUGAAUAUUUGAUUGUGGUGAAAGAAAAGCCCUGUACUAGUCUUGCCUAGUUAUAGACAAUGAAUGGACUGUUUUAGGGUUUUAUCAA